AUGUUCCGUGUCCACAUCCCGCUCGGUGGCGAGGUGUGCCCAGCCACCAAGCCACGGGUCCAGGAGCUCGACGGCUUCCCGCUGGUGGUGGUCGACGGCAAGAUCGUGCUCGCCAAGCCGUCGCUGCUCGAGACGCGCAAGGGUGGGACGUGGCUCUCGCGAGCUUGCGGCGUCAUCGGCCUCACGCUCGGCGCUGUUGGCUCGACACUGAUGUGGACAAGCCGCUCAGGCGCUGCUCGCCCAGACACAGACACCUGGCUCCGCGGCGCUCUCGCCACCGGCGCUGCCAUUCCGCUGCUCUCGAUCUCGGUCGCCUUGUCGUGGCGCACCUACGACCACGAUCCGGCCACCGUCGUUGCUGCCCGUGACGCCAUGGUCCGGCGCGUUCUCACCUCGCCGCAGCUGACUCUCGCAGAGGUGCUUGAGGCCGAUCCGGUCUCGUUCCUGGCGCCGGACGAGCUGCGCGCCAUGACGCUCUCGCGCGUGGCUUCGCUCGCCGACAUGGCCCUGCUCAACCCGUCGGUCAUGGUCCGCUUCGGCGCCAUGACCCUCAACGAGGCCCGAUAUGUUGGCUCGUACUCUGGCGCCUGGUCCGAGCGGACCCGCGAGUUUGAGGCAUCCACCAACGCCCUCAAGCAGGUCAUCGAAAUGGAGAUGCGCGACCAGAUCCAGGUCUUCAACGCCCGCCUGGCGGCCGCCCAGGGCGAAUACGAGUCGGUCGAGUGUGUCCGUCUUCUUGACUCGCUCAAAAAGUCGCUUGCUGCACGCAUCAACGAGCUCCGCCGCUACCGCUCUGACCGCCUCCGCGCCCUGCAGCGCGAAGGGCGCUCCGCCGAGGCCACCGUCAAGGAGCAGAUGGCCGCCCAACGCGCCCAUCUCAUCUCCAACUUUGAACAGCUCAACGCCAUUGACGACGCAAACCUCCCUGUCCCCGCUCCGCCGACUGAUGCUACUGCUCCGCCGCCCUACGCCCCGUCGGCUCCACCCGCCGGCCCGCCGCCGACCUACACCGACGCCCCCGCUGAACUGCCCGCAACCGAUCCGAGCAAGAUCUCGCGCGAGGCCGCCCGUAAGGCCACCCUCGAGUCUGAACUCAAACGGCUUGACGAGCUCGAGGCUGAGACGCUGCGCCGGACAGAGGCUGCCAUUGCUGAGGAGCAGGCCAAGCUCAAGGCCUACGUCGACCAGCAGAUCUCGCAGGCCAAGAAGGACUUUGCCAACCACGCCACGCACCUCGAGUCGUGCGUCGCCACCGCCGCCUCCAUCCGCGACGCGAGCAUGGAAGUCGAGAAGCGCCGCCUCGAGCAGGCCCGCGAAGAGGUCUCGGCCUCGCACUUCCGCCGCCUCACGCCGCUCGAGGACGCCUACAAGGUCGACAUCGCCGCCAUGACCUCUUCUGCCGAAUCGGCCGCAGCCACCUCCAUCGACAGUCACUAUGUCGCUCCCGCCUACUCCACCUUCCACCUCGGUCGCGAGCUGACCGGUGAGGAGCUCUCCCAGCUCAUGGCCCAGUUUGAGCUUACUGGUGGCAUCGAUGGCGUUGGCCACGACAUUGUCGAGCGCUCGCCCUGA